UCCAGUUCUCGAUGGGCCGAUGCGAACACGCUUGAUUGUAGAGUACUUAUACCUAAUUUGUAAAGUGCUAUAGUGAGAAUAUCUUGAUCUUGGGAACUGUAGCUGUGUGCGUAUAUUUAAAAGAAAAUGGAAAAAGUACAAAGGAAGAAGACAAAGGGAAGAGAACAAAAAAUAUCAAACGAAAUAAAGAAAAGGAAAAAUGUAAGGUUAUGCUACCCUAAGGAAAACGUGGCGCUAGCCUUGCAAGAAAUUCAUGGAGGAAGCUCUAUUGCACAAAUAUCUCAGAAAUAUAAUAUUCCAGAGUCGACCUUAAGGGCGAAGAAAUUAGGACUUUAUGCCGACAAAAAACCUGGACCUGCAACUGUUCUGAAUACAAAAGAAGAAAAAGAUCUCGUCGAUUGGAUCCUGGAAUGUUCUAAAAGAGGUUUUCCAGUAAUAAGACCUCAAUUAAUUGACAGUGUGCAAAUGAUAUGCCAAAAAAAGAAAAAGAAAAAUCAGUUUAGGGAUAAUAAACCUGGAAGAAGUUGGUACGACUCAUUUUUAAAGAGGCAUGAGGAAAUCGCAGUAAUAAUGACAGAAAAUGUUUCCUUAAAUAGAGCUAAGGUAUCCGAGCACAGUUUACGAAACUGGUUUCAAAAUGUUUCAAACUAUUUGAGAGAACAAAAUCUAUUAUCAAUAGAAGCUAACAGAAUCUUCAGUAGUGAUGAAAUAGGUCUGGCUUUAAGUCCUAAACCUCCUAUUUUGAAUGCACCGAAAGAAUGCAAAAAUGUUUACAACAUUGUCAAUAAUAAUGAGAAAGAAAACAUCACUGUUUUGGUUACAAGUAAUGCUGCUGGUGAUCUUGCUCCAACCUUUGUUCUCUUUAAUGAAAAAUCUUUGCCAAAUAAUGCUGCAGAAAUGACUCCCUCCAAUUUUGCAUUUGGAUUUUCAGACAGUGGCUGCAUACAUGCUAAAAACUUUUAUGAAUUCAUUACAAAUGUUUUUGAACCUUGGUUGACUGAAAAAAGAAUAAAGCGUCCAAUAAUUUUAUACAUUAAUAGUAAUUUGUCUCAUAUGACAUUACAUUUGAGCAAAUUUUGUUCAGAGAAUGAAAUUGUACUUAUUGCAUUACAUCCAAAUACUACAAAUCUAUUGCAACCUCUAAAAAUAGAUUUGUCUAAAAUAUUAAAAGCACAGUGGCAAAAAACGUAUAAAUUACAUUGCAAAGAUUCUUUAAGCAUUGGUAUACGUAAAUAUCUAUUUGCUCCACUGUUAAACAAGACUCUCAAUUGCAUUAAUAUUAAAACCAUUAUGCAAAAUGGAUUUAAAAAAUGUGGACUAUACCCUUUUGACGUUGAAGCCAUAGAUUUUAGUAAGCUUUUUACUCGGAUGGAAAUAAAUAGUUCAUCUCAUACGCCAGAAAAUGGAUCUGAAAGUGUGCACAAUAAUAUAAAUUCUUUAAAAGUGUUAGAAAGCCUAUUAACUAUACACCAGUUGCAAUCAUUUAGAUUAAAUACCAGUACUAUUUGGAAGGGGAUGCCAAGAGAUGAAAGCCUUUUUGAAAUCUGGUACAAAUUAUCACAUCCAGAUAAAAAUAAAAGUGGUUGAUACUGAUUCACAGUUGGUUAAUGAGCUGGUAGAGUUUGAUGAUGCAACUGUUUCUGAAAAUGUAAAUAUUAACAAUAAAAAUGUACUUUAAAGACAACUUCGAAAAUACCAGUAUGCCUAUCAAAAAUUAUACUAAAAUUUUUUAAAUCAGUCUGGUAUUAUAUUUUUAGUAGUUGGAUACUGCAUACUAAUUUAUUUUUUGAUAAUUGCAAUUGCAAUUUUAACAUAAAAGAAGAUCACUAGUUUAGAUGACUUUGCUAUCAAAGUAUAUAGAUAAUGCAAUUGGACGUGAAUAAUCAAUUAUUAUGGAAUUAGAUAUUAAUGAGAAUAUUCUAAGUGAAGAUGUAAUAAGCUGUAACAGUUUGUUAUCCACACAUCAUCAAUUUAAUGGUAAAGAUUCAGAUAAGCACUUAUUAGUAACAACCACUGAAGAACCUCUGAAAGAUGUUACUAGAAAUGAAGAUGAUAAUACUGUAGCUAUAGAUGAAUCUUCCAAUAUAGACGAUGUUACAGAAGACUUUAAUGCAAUACUCCUAGAAGAAAAGUCUAACAGUUCUAUGUCAUGUACAAAAUUGAAAAAUUUAAAUACUAGCCAAAAAAGCAUAAAAAAAAUAAGUCUUGAUAAUGAAUCGGCAGAUGCAGAAUACAUAAGUCAGUGCUCGGAACGCAACAUUGGGCUCCGCCUCCUAACUACUAUCGCAGCGCUUCGUUCCCCGCGUUGCUUCCAUGGGCUGCCUGUGAAAGCAACGCGGGGAGCGAGGCGCUGUGACGGUAGUUAGGAGGUGGAAGCAUUCCGAGUACUGACAUCUUAAUGACCAGUUAUAAAAAAUAAAUUUUUCAGAAUAUUGCAAAUACUUCUGAAAUAUCAGUAAAAUCUGUAAAAGAUUUUUUAUUUUGGCUUAAUAACAACCUUUUAAAAACAUGAAACAUACAAAGUCUAAAAUAAAACCCCCUCUCAUUAUAUCUGGAGGCCAGCGAAUCUGGAGCCCAACGAAUAAUUCAAAUAAAAGAGGUAGAAAAAAAUAGGAAAGUCAAAGAGAUAGCAUUGAAAAAACAAAGAAAAAUUAAAAAUUCAGAAGCAGGAAUAACUUCUGAAACGGAUAGAACAGCGAGUUAUAAGGGAGCAAACAAGAAUAAGAUAUAAGAAAGCAAAAUUUUUGAGAACAGAUGAAGAUCGUCAAGGAGAUUGAAAGACUUCAAAAGAAAAAAUUGUAGAAUUGGAUUAAAAAAAUAAAAUUAUAGAAAAUGUGUUAU